GUCUAAAGAGCGGGCAGCCGAGCCCAUUCCGUUGUUAAUCUAGAACCUUCGAUCACUUGCCAGAAAAUCUCAACCUCAUUACAAAAAACCCUCUAUAAUAAAGCAAAACCCUAAACCCUAGACGCCUCUUCUUCAUUUUAUAUUAACCAACGGAGCACCCUCAUUUCUAUCUCUGUCGAUCCUUCUCGUUCUAUUGCAAUUUAUAGCUAUGGCUGCGGCAGCUCUGCUUCGUUCAUUCCGACGACGGGACGUCGCUGCUUCUCCUCUCUCUGCCUAUAGAUGCUUCGUUGGCCAAUUACUUCAACAAUAUUCCCAGUGAAUGAAAAGGAUGGUGCCUCAUGCUUAAUUGCUUGUUGUGCAGCUUACUAACAAUGGCAAGACCUCAGCGGGAAUUAAUUGGACAAGUUUUUGUAGAGCAUUCAGUUCAAAACCUGCCGGCAAUGAUGUCAUUGGUAUUGAUUUGGGUACGACCAACUCCUGUGUUGCUGUCAUGGAGGGAAAGAACCCCAAAGUUAUUGAGAACUCUGAAGGUGCACGAACGACACCUUCUGUUGUUGCCUUCAACCAAAAGGGAGAGUUACUUGUGGGCACCCCCGCAAAACGUCAGGCUGUGACCAAUCCAACCAACACAGUUUUUGGAACCAAGCGUCUAAUUGGUAGAAGAUAUGAAGAUCCUCAGACGAAAAAGGAAAUGGGAAUGGUUCCUUUCAAGAUUGUCAAGGCUCCCAAUGGAGAUGCGUGGGUUGAGGCAAAUGGGCAGCAAUAUUCUCCUAGUCAAAUUGGGGCAUUUAUUUUGACCAAAAUGAAAGAAACUGCAGAGGCUUAUCUUGGAAAGGGUGUUUCUAAAGCAGUUAUCACUGUUCCAGCUUAUUUCAAUGAUGCCCAGAGGCAAGCAACUAAGGAUGCUGGUAGAAUUGCAGGCCUUGAUGUUGAGAGAAUAAUCAAUGAGCCUACUGCUGCUGCCCUUUCAUAUGGAAUGAACAACAAGGAGGGUCUCAUUGCAGUCUUUGAUCUUGGUGGCGGUACAUUUGAUAUCUCAAUUUUGGAGAUUUCAAAUGGUGUCUUUGAGGUCAAAGCAACAAAUGGUGAUACUUUCUUGGGAGGAGAGGAUUUUGACAAUGCAUUGCUGGAUUUCUUGGUGAGUGAAUUCAAGAGGACUGAGGGAAUUGAUCUUUCAAAGGAUAGGCUUGCACUUCAAAGGCUUCGGGAAGCUGCUGAGAAAGCUAAAAUUGAACUCUCAUCAACAUCGCAGACUGAAAUUAAUCUUCCAUUUAUAACAGCUGAUGCUUCUGGGGCAAAACACUUGAAUAUCACAUUGACCAGAUCAAAGUUUGAAUCUUUGGUAAAUCACUUGAUUGAGAGGACCAAAGCACCUUGUAAGAAUUGCUUGAAAGAUGCUGGCAUUUCCACAAAUGAUGUUGAUGAGGUUCUUCUUGUUGGAGGGAUGACACGUGUACCUAAAGUGCAAGAAGUAGUUUCGGGGAUCUUUGGGAAGAGUCCAAGCAAAGGAGUCAAUCCUGACGAGGCUGUUGCUAUGGGGGCAGCAAUUCAGGGUGGUAUACUUCGUGGGGAUGUUAAAGAGUUGCUUUUGCUUGAUGUAACUCCUUUGUCACUUGGUAUUGAGACACUAGGUGGAAUAUUCACUAGGCUAAUCAACCGGAACACAACCAUUCCAACAAAGAAAAGUCAGGUAUUCUCUACUGCAGCUGAUAACCAGACUCAAGUAGGUAUCAAGGUGCUUCAAGGUGAGCGUGAAAUGGCUACUGACAACAAGCUUUUGGGUGAGUUCGACUUGGUAGGCAUUCCCCCUGCUCCUAGAGGUAUGCCUCAGAUUGAGGUUACAUUUGACAUUGAUGCCAAUGGUAUUGUCACUGUUUCGGCCAAGGAUAAGGCCACUGGUAAAGAACAGCAAAUUACGAUACGUUCCUCUGGUGGUCUCUCGGAGGAUGAGAUUGAGAAGAUGGUCAAAGAAGCUGAGUUGCAUGCGCAGAAGGACCAACAAAGGAAAAGUCUGAUUGAUGUAAAAAACAAUGCAGACACCACUAUUUAUAGUGUAGAGAAGAGCUUGAAUGAGUAUAGGGAGAAGAUUCCUAGUGAAAUUGCAAAAGAAAUUGAGGGUGCUGUUGCAGAUUUGAGGAAGGCAACGGAAGGAGAGGAUGUUGACGAGAUCAAGGCGAAGAUAGAUGCAGCGAAUAAAGCUGUCUCAAAGAUUGGGGAGCACAUGGCUGGUGGUUCUGGUGGUGCCCAAGGUGGUUCUUCUGGAGGUGCUCAAGGUGGUGACCAGGCCCAAGAAGCCGAAUAUGAGGAGGUGAAGAAGUGAAUAAUUAGGCACUGAUUCUGUUCAGUUUGUAUCUUCUAUUUUCUGAUGACCAAUUUAUGAGUGCGAUGCAUGUUUAGAAAUUUCGAUUUUUUGUGAUGUAGACGUCUUUGUUAUACAUAGCGCCAAAAUUAUGCAUGUUAAAUGUCAAAGGCACGAAACUUGAGAGAGUUGUUGAUUUGUUGUAUUAUAUGCAAAUGGUAGCGGGGCAAUAGAACCUGCUUCUUUGAAAGAAAUAGAAGAAACACAAUGUUCGGCGUA